ACGGAAUAACUAAGCAUUUGAAGGCCUCCUCUGACCGGAUGUUCGAGGCUAUCUCAAUCUAUCUGGGAUCCACUGGCGUCCUGUUUGGAACAGUGUCUACAUUCAGGCGAUCUUCUCACUGCAAUAUGUUGAAUAAGGACAGAAGAACCAUUUCCAGAGGGGAACAGAGAGCAUCCCAUGACUGAAUACAACAUCUCCUAGACAGCAGUGCUCUCUCUGUUGUCAGACUUCUAUGGGAGAAAUGCCCUCGCUAGCCCAAAGAGAAGGAAUGCUCAAGAGGAGGACUCUGCUGCUUAAAUUACUGCCGUUUUUGGCCUCCAGCACCGCCUAUUUCACUCUUCUGCCCCCUGAGCCCAGCUUGCUGAGCACUGUCGUGAAGUGCCUCCCAACGUUUUCCCUGGCGCUCUUUGUGGCCACUCAGGCCAAGAGCGCGGGUGUCCUGACACCGUACGCCCGGCGGAUUUUCCAGGGCCUCUUGUUCUCGUGUGUGGGCGAUGCCUGUUUGGUGUGGCCGGAGUCCUUCUUGGCAGGAAUCGGUGCCUUUUCCGUCUGCCACAUUUCCUACAUCUCGGCCUUCGGCUGGACUCCCCUUCAGCCCCUCACCUUCCUGGUCAUCGAGGGGCUCAUGGCUCUUGGUUACGCCAUGAUCCUGCUGCCCUGUUUGUCAGGCAUCUACACGUGGGCAGCACUACUGUAUUCAGUUCUCCUCGGUAUCAUGGCCUGGCGUGCGCUGUCUUGCUCCAAACGCCUGGCUUCAGCCGGCAGCUUGAUCUUCCUCGUGUCUGAUCUGUUGGUUGCCCAUGACAAGUUCUGUACCUCCUACCCUCUUGCCCGCCUCCUCAUCAUGAGCACUUACUACGUCGCACAAACCUUGAUUGCUCUCUCAGUAACUUCCCAGAAAAUCUCCUGGAAGGAGAACUGAGCCCCAGAUUGGACUGCUGGGUUGUGCUUCAGGAUCAAGAGAACCUCAGGAGUUCUGCCUCUCAAAUUCACGCAUCUCAAGUUCAACUAACUUCUGGAUAUAUUGGGACUACAACUCCCAGGAUUCCCAGCUAGUAUGGGCCAACAACUGUGAAAAAUCAGCGGCUAUAUCCAUAACCCCCAGCCAAUGUGGGCUUUGUGGAUUCUCAAAGUUGUAGACCUGUAUUCAUGGAGGACACCACGUUGGAAGAGACUGGUCAGAUUCCCUUCAGAAGUUCCAGCUCCAGGAUGUUCUAAGAGCUGCUCCAGUGCCGUGUCCUCCACACUUCUCAUUAUCUUGUUAUUCCAGAGUUUUCCUCCUGGGAGGGAUGAUGCUGAUGAUCUAAUAAUAAAGGGGCUAAUGAUAAAAA